CGCUCCCCGCUCCCGCCCCCCCGGGCUCUUUGUCGGCGGGCGCUGGCGGGGGGCGCAGCGCCAUGUCCUCCCCCAAGAACGGCUUCUACCGGCAGGACAUCACCAAGACCCUCUGGGAAGUGCGGGACCGAUACCGCGACCUGCAGCCCGUGGGCUCCGGCGCCUACGGAGCCGUCUGCUCAGCCGUCGAUGGAAGAAGUGGUACCAAAGUGGCCAUUAAGAAACUGUACCGCCCGUUUCAGUCUGAACUCUUUGCCAAGAGAGCCUACCGAGAACUGCGCCUCCUAAAGCACAUGAAGCAUGAAAACGUCAUUGGAAUAUUGGAUGUGUUCACACCAGAUCUAACACUGGAGAAGUUUAACGACUUCUACCUUGUCAUGCCAUUUAUGGGAACAGACUUGAGUAAGAUAAUGAAGCAUGAGAAACUAACUGAAGACCGAAUCCAGUUCCUGGUAUAUCAGAUGUUGAAAGGCUUAAAGUAUAUUCAUUCAUCAGGCAUAAUUCACAGGGAUCUAAAGCCUGGAAAUCUGGCAGUAAACGAAGACUGUGAAUUGAAGAUUCUGGAUUUUGGAUUAGCAAGACAUACAGACAGUGAGAUGACUGGUUACGUGGUUACAAGGUGGUACAGAGCCCCUGAGGUCAUACUUAACUGGAUGCAUUAUACGCAAACAGUUGACAUAUGGUCUGUGGGCUGUAUAAUGGCUGAGAUGAUAACAGGGAGGCCUCUGUUCAAAGGAAAUGAUCAUCUGGACCAACUCACAGAAAUAAUGAAAAUAACAGGUACACCAACUCAAGAUUUUGUUCAAAAACUACAGAGUCAAGAUGCAAAAAACUAUAUCAAAAGCCUCCCAAAAGUCCAGAAAAAAGAUUUUGCAUGCAUCUUGAAGUAUGCAAAUCCUUUGGCUGUAAACCUUUUGGAGAAGAUGCUGGUGCUGGAUGCAGAGAAGCGAGUCACAGCAGCUGAGGCUUUGAUGCAUCCUUACUUUGAACCGAUUCAUGAUCCUGAGGAAGAAAUUGAAGCUGAGAAAUAUGAUGACACAUUUGAUAACAUGGAUCUUCCAUUGGAUGAGUGGAAGCGCAUUACCUAUAAAGAGAUAUUGAACUUCAAGCCACCUCAGACAUCGGAGUCAAAGGAGACAGCGGUGUAAUUGUGUGACUCGGUCAUUUCAGAACCUGGCAGAAAGCAAGAAAGUUGUAAAUGUUUGUGAUAUUUCAGGUGUAUAAAACUUUUAUAAAUAAACUGGAUGUGAUCUGUUUUGUAUGCACUAUAAGAAAGAGCAGCGUCUUUUACUCUUCACGUGGAAGUUGGUGCCUUUGGAAGUAGUAUUUCAAAACUGUCCAGAAACUUAUUCUUGCCUACAACUUCUUCCUUCUCCAUAAAAGAAUUCAGACUGUGGUAUCCUGAUGCUGUCCUCAGAAGAGCAGGUAAAACUGAUUCUUCAAAUCAGAAAUCAGAAGAAUACAAGUUACCACCCUAAGCAAGCACAGAGCAUGUUAGAGAUCUGCCAUGACUGCUUUCCAAGGCCAUCGAACUGUUUUGAAUGCAAGAAGUGUUUGUGUGACUUCCUCUGGAAUAUUUCACCUCCGUAAGAUGCCUGGGGAGGCUAAUCAGCUCCUGCUACCUCAGCUAGUGCAGCAGAUAGCAGACUCACAGCCUGAAUGAAUGCUUAUGUCCCCUGUCCUAUGUGAGUGGAGGAGAACCUGGGCUCCAGCCAUUUCUGACAGACCUGGGCAAGAGGCAAGAAGCAGAGAAGUGUUGAUGUCCUAGAUUUUUUCAAAGUAACCAGCAUAGCAGGACAAGAUUUGACAAACACGCUAGAUGAGCAUUUGCUAGAUGAGCAACCACUGUCAAGAGGUACAGUGUUUUCCUCUGAAUACAGUGCAGUUUCUCUGUGUAAUAGACUAAGGAUCAAGGAUUUCCAGGGAGAAAUUCUUAAGACUUUCUAAAAUUUUGUAAUCUCACUAGUAUCUUAGUAUUGAAAUGAUUGCUGAAACAGUAGAUCAUUUCAGGGGACAUGCUGGUUAUAGAAUCGGCAGUGAUGAUUUUGGAAAUACAGCUGCAUGUGGUCACAGUAUAGAAAAUAAAAUGAAGAUAAAAAUGCUACGCUGUAGCUUUUCAUUAGGAAUAGCUGCAGCAAGCUGUUUUGUUCACAGUGUAUAAAGGUGUUGCCAGGUGCAGAAUAACAACCGUUCAGGUUUUUACCUUUUGAACUCGUCUUACCUGGGGGGGGGAAACCCUCAGACCUUCUGUUAGGAAGUGCCUUACCAGAGAGAGUCAGCUUCCUAAUGGGAUGUUGGUUAGACAGUUGAUGAGUUCCUCUUACUUUCUGGGUUCAUUAUUGUAUUUUCCCAGGUACUUAGUUUGUAAUAAUCUCCCAGAGGUAGGAAAAAGAAACUGGCAAACCUUUGGUGAAGAAUUUCUUUUAUGACACUGCUUGUCCUUAUCAAAGGUCAUCUCUUUACAACUGGGUGUUUGAGUGUGAAUUGUUCCCAAUGCAAUAUGCUGUUGUAGGUUGCUACUAAGUGAAGCAGAUAUUUGAUCUUAGCAGGUAAUAACCGAAACAAAAAUAAGAAAUUAUUUGGGUUUAGGUUUUUUUUGCAUAAGUAACCAGUUUAAACCAGAAGUUUAAUUGAGGCACAGUUGUUCUGUUUAUUUCAAUGAACGCUUAAGUGAAAAACCUGUAAAUAUUAGCAUUGCUCUAAAAAUUGUGAUAAAAAUUGAUUAGCUGAGAUAGGCACCUAGUCAGAAUAAGUGGUAAAAGAAACCUUGAGUUAUUAAUGUAUUUGACAAGUCAUUAGAAAUUAUAGUUUCAGGAUUGCAUGCAAAAAGAGCAGAGAAUGUAAUUUGAUACAAAACAUUUUUCCACACUACAGAUCACUGAGGAAGGCACACUUUUGCACUACUGACUUUCUGCUUGGACUACAUUUUUAUGUUAAAUAGAAACUGAAGCUUUAUUUUUUAGUGAGUAGAUGUUUUCUCUUUUGUGAUCAUGCCCUGUGGUCCUCUUGGAAGUCAUGGAAGAAAGGUGCCUAUUGGAAUUGGUGUAUUUGAUAGAGUCAGCCAAAGGCAAUGGAGGAGUGUCACAAACUUAUUUGGAAGUCUUCCCUCUGUAUUUGAGGUGGAAAUUCAACAUCCCAAAUUCUAGCUAAUGUCUAAAGUCUUGAUAUAAUUAUAGAAUCAUAGACUGGUUUGGGUUGGAAGCGACCUUAAAAGAUCAUCCAAUUCUAACUCGCCCUGCCAUGGGCAGGGACACCUCCCGCUAGAUCACGUUGCUCCAAGUAUCAUCCAGCCUGGCCUUAAACAGCUCCUGGGACAGGACGUUAAUGCAAAUGGCUCCAAUAUAAAACUGCAAGGGAGCAUGUUUUCUCAUUGAAAAACUAGUUUGUGUUUUCUUUCUAAGUGCCAGCACCUCAAUGGGCAUUUUCACUUCCCCCUGCUUUAGCUUGAGGGAAGUCAAGCCCUAAUACCCUCUGCUGACCGAGGUGAAUAUUUCCCUCCACUAAUCUUAACGUAGCAUUGGAGAAAUAGCUAGCCUGCAUGAGAUAUACUUAAGAAGAUAAUGUUAGUUUGGGUAAUAUAUUUGGGGGAAUACAGAACUCUUAAAAUAACUGAAGAGAAGACCUUGAUGCAUAUAACAGGUGAGACAAAGGUACCGCUAUGCUGUCUGGUCAGCAAACAGUCUGUAAGGUAAAAUAACAAAAAUGGAAAAUUAGUCACAUCUUGGCAAGGUGGUUCUGCUGAAAGAUUGAAAUCUGCAGAAAUGGCUCCAAACAGACAUAGAGAUUAUUUGUAUAAAUAGCCCAUUAAAAGAAAUGCAAGGUAAACCCAGAAAUAUUUUGUGUGGGAGGCAGCUGCUGUCUCAAAUGGAGAGGCAUUUCCUAGGUUUUUAUUUGCUAUUUCUGCUGGUGCUAAGCAACUCAGGAAUAAGAAUUCAGUUUCUGUUUGCCUUAAAGAGAAAUGUAAAUACAUUCUGCAUGUACUUGAAAUGUAUUGUGAAAAAUAAAGGUUGAGGGUUUGUUGGGUUUUUUUACACAGUAAUGGCCUUGUUUGCCCCAUAUGUAUUCCCAAAUGUAAAAUCACUUUUGAAAAUAGUAUUUUUGGUUUAAGGGAACUGUAUGAAACCUAAUAUUGUAGGUAUGUUUCAUGUAACAUGAGCUGCUGAUGUAGUUUAUUUUGGAACUCAGUCAGACCACAGAUCCUAACCUUUCUCCUAUUUUCCAAACUUUAAGUCACCCACAGAGCUGAUCUGAUCGUCCCACUCCACCCAAUUAUUUCUUGCAGCAUCUUGGAUUUUACCAGACAUCUCUGCUUGAUCUGAAGGACAGGAUUUCCAUUCUUAAACACAGAUGCAUUCCUCAGCCUGAUUUUAAAAGCCAAAGUCAGACCGACCGUCAUCAAGCACAUGUGUCUUCAAGUGGGACAGGGAAGUUUAAGUUAACAGAGUUCUGGUAGAAUAUACAGGACCUUUUCCCUGAAAACCCAGGUGACCCCUGAAUCUUGGAGCAAGAUGAUCCCCUUACGUAUUAGUCUUCCUUGCAUUGAAGACUCAUUGUUCAUGCUAAAUUUUGAUAAUGUGGUGCUCUGGGCCAAAUGUGGCUCACAAUUUCACUUCUUGAUAAUUUUCUGGGGUUUUCACAGCAUAACGCUGAGGAGAGGGCUCAUACAUGUCCUGCAAAAUGUCUGCAGAAGAUGCACUUUGUUCUUGAUUUGGAACUAUGAGGCAUUUGAGCUGGGUGAGAUUAUUUGAGCUUCCUACAUUCUGAUGUGCUGUUCAAAUACAUAUUGGAUCCUUCUAACCUGCUUCAGGUAAGUUUGUCAGAGCAUCAGUUAGUUGCUGUCAUUCACUGGACCUUGGUGUGAAAUACUGCUGUAAUGCUUCCCAUGGUCGCUGCAGGUUCCAGGGAAAGAAUAGGGGCUCAUUACACCUGUUAUCUCUGCCAGAAUGCACUGUAGGGCAACUGAGGGUGUAAGUCAAAUAAUACCAGAAGCAGUUUCCUGGUCUACAGCACUUAAAAUCUCCUCCUAAGUAUUUUUAAGAAUUCAGAAGCAUGAGCUGGAGAAAGAUGAAGGGAAGAAGACUUCUGACAGUUGGACUGGAUUCCUGGUAGUUGAACUGGAUGAUCUUGGAGAUCUUUUCCAACCUUGAUUCUAUGAUUUUUGAAAUUUCACAGACUACCAGUUAAAGAGCAGCUCUUGUGCACAAAUUGUUUGCAGCCCGCUGGGAUGGUAACAUAAUGAUCCAAAAACUGCAUCGCCACCUAGCAACCACAUGCGGCUAUUGGGCAUGGGAAUGAUGCGUGCUUUUUAGCUACGAGGAACAGGGUGCCUCUGCAAGCAAGGAAGUGGGGACAAGGGAAGUAAUUUAAGGAUUCAUUAUUUUUAUCUGCUGCUAUUCUAUUGUGCAAAUAGAGCUUCUUUAUGCCUACCCUUGUUACAUCUCAGUGCUGGAGUUUUCUAGUUUUCCCCAAGAUACGCUUCAUCAGUAAGCGUCAACGUGCAUGUCCCAGCUAACUUUGAGUCUUCCAGGCAUGCAACUCUUCCACCUUUCGUUGAAGUAUUUUGAAUGUGCUGUUACCUUUGAGAGGAAAAAUGAGGCAGCCACUGAAGCAACCAAAUGAAGUGCAGUGAAAGACAUCGCUCAGGCUCGGGUGGAAAAUGCUCUCAGUUUUGUCUGCAGUGUCCUAGGGACAUGUGCUCAUAGGGAAAAGGAAAUGUCUCUUGCUGUGUUUGUAUGGUGUCUGCAGCACCCAGGCUCCCAUAUGAGUGAUGCUCACGAUCUAACACAACCAAAGACUGCCACCUAAUCCAAUUCAGUCUGAUAUUAAUGGGAAAUUCAUUAUUAUUGUAACAGUAACAUUAUCACAAUAUUACAUUCAUUAUCACAAUAUUAUCACAAGUUACAACAGCACAGUUAUACUGCUUUGGAAACCACGGGCAUUUAGUCCACUGGGGGCCUGGGCCAAGGCAGCUUUUUUUCAGGCAUGUUAACAGCCUAUUUGUACACGACAGUGUUCCUGCCACCAAGCAGUGCCCUUUGGCAUGUGUCCAAACAUCUUGCUGUUUCUGGGAAACUCCUUACAUUUUGGGGUUUGAGUCAAGUUUUAAUUUCCUUUUUUAUAAAAACAGUAUUGUGCAACUGUAAGGAGCAAAAAUAUGGCUGAGAAGUGUAAUCAGAAAAACAUUAACUAUUAAAGUCUUCUCUAAUGCAAACCUCCUCAAGAUCUA